AGAAAAUCAGUUUGAUAUAGUCACACUUGAAACCUGAUAGCUUAUUCAAAAUGUCAAAUCUUUACUCUCUCUCUCUCUCUCUCUGCUCGUGCAAGCAUGAUAUAUUGUCUUAAAAUAGAAAAUGUCUAUACUGGAACAUAGGUCCUAAUGUACACUCAAAUCUGAACUUUCUGACUUCAAGAAGCAUACUUAAUGAUUUAAUAUGAUUAAAUUGUCUUGCUGACUUUGAUAGGAUUGCAGGAGUCUCCUGCCACUAGGACUUUCCCAGCAAACCAUCAAAGCACGUCUAACAAUUUAUUUUGUUAUUCUGUAGUACACCUUUUUUUUUUUUUUUGCUUUUUGGCAUGAAUGCAACACCUGUCAUCCAAACUACCUGAUUGAAGUAUGGGAAUCUACCAAUGUUUCAACUGUUUUGUUUUUAUUGGAAAUUUGAUCAAUGAAGCUCUUUGGAUAGGUUUUCAAAUGGCAUAGGUGUUGCCUUUAAAGUUCUCCUGUAUUUUCUAGGUUCUUUAAUUCAUGAACUAUUAUCCCUGAAAUGUUGCCAUUGGAUGGAAUGCACUUUCAUCUACAUCACUUGUAGAUGGAAAAUGUGAUCGAUCAACAGAAAAAUUUAAGAUAAACACUUCUUAUAAGUUUUAAGUUGAGGUUUUGAGUUUAACAACUCGUGACUCUCUUGCCAUCAGGUCAAUUAUUAGUUUUGCAAUAAUUACAUUCUGGAAAAUUCUUUGAAUGCAGGCUGUUUUGGAAGAUAAUCAUACUCGCACAGUCAGGUCUUGUGCAUGGUCUCCUAGUGGAAAGUUACUGGCAACAGCAAGUUUUGAUGCUACCACUGCUAUAUGGGAAUGUGUCGGUGGUGACUUUGAAUGUGUUGCUACACUGGAGGGUCAUGAAAAUGAAGUUAAGAGUGUUUCAUGGGAUGCUUCUGGCUCCUUGCUAGCCACAUGUGGUCGAGACAAGACUGUUUGGAUAUGGGAAAUGCAACCUGGUAAUGAGUUUGAGUGUGUAUCUGUGUUGCAAGGUCAUACCCAGGAUGUCAAGAUGGUGCAAUGGCAUCCAUUUAUGGAGGUUCUGGUUUCUGUCAGCUAUGACAACUCAGUCAAGAUCUGGGCAGAGGAUGGUGACAGUGAUGAUUGGCAUUGUGUGCAAACACUAAAUGAAGCUAGCAGUGGUCAUACAUCAACAGUUUGGGCAGUGUCUUUCAACUCUAAUGGAGAUAGAAUGGCUACCUGCAGUGAUGAUCUGACAUUAAAGAUAUGGGACACUAGUGCUAAAGCAUCUGAGACAAGUGGCAGUAGCUGUGGAUCUUGGAGACACCUCUGUACCAUCUCUGGUUAUCAUGAUCGAACCAUAUUUUCAGUUAAUUGGUCAAGGGACGGUGUCAUCGCUAGUGGAGCAGCUGAUGAUGCUAUUUCGCUUUUUUUUGAGAGCAAAGACAACUCGGUUGAUGUACCGUCGUACAAAUUACUGCUUAAGAAAGAAAAGGCCCAUGACAUGGAUGUAAACUCAGUGCAAUGGAAUCCAAAGGAACCUAAACUUCUGGCCUCAGCUAGUGAUGAUGGGAUAAUAAAGAUAUGGGAACUAUCGGAAGUAGCCUGAUGAUAAUUUUUGCAGUGUGCAGGGCCUGCAGGCCGAUGUCUGAUGUCUUUAAUUUAAUUUUUGGGUCUGGCA